AGCUUCUAGAGAGUUUUGGACCGCUCCAAUCCGCUGCAAAGGUGUCGACACCAUAGCCACGUGUAUUUCUCACGUGUCGACACUUCUUCCGCCGCGCGCAUGGCCUGCUCUGUGGACGCUCUUGGCCGCUCCCAUGUGCGCCAAUGCCUCGAGCUUGUCCGCCCCCAUGUGUGCCAGCGUCUCGACCCAGGUUGCCGGUGUGUGCACCCGUGUCUCGAGCAAGGACACUCUCGCGCGCCCAUGGAUGUCGCCCCCGACUGCUCCUGCACGCUCCCACGUGUCCUGUCCGUAACCUUACGGCACGGCCCCGGUAUCGACGCCUCCGCUGGUAAGGCCCACUGCAUCUUGAGUGUUCCACCUUGUGCCUACUCCCUCGUAUGCAUAAGUGUCGUAAUUGCAACCCCGUGUCACGAUACCAACACUCGCAUCUCGCAUGCCCGCAUCCACGCUUGCGCUUGUGCUCGUGGUCGUGCUCAUGCCUGCCCUCGUGUCCGCGCUUGCACUCCGCGAUGCUGCACGGCAUGCCCCCUGGACGCUGCACACACCUCCUAUGUGCCUAUGGCUGCAGCUCCGUGUCAUGAUGCCCAUGACUUCGACCCCCAACCUCGCGUGCCAUGACAUACUGUUGGCAUUGACGAUGAUUUCCCAUAUGUCAAGAUAGUAAGUCUCUUCCUUGUUUUAUUUGUCUGAUAUUGCCCUUGUGGCCAAUGUUUUG